AUGAGGCAUUUCACAGAAGAAAAAGCACACGAUUACACCAGUCAAAAGGAUAUGAACAAGCAGGUUGUCAACAGCCCCGAAACAGUUGCCCUUGGACAAAUUGAAGGUGCGGGAGUUAUAGGAACCAGCCCUGAAAAUGAACAGCAGAACCUACCUUCAAAAGCCCCGUCCCAGUUGGCCAAGGUCUCCAGGUCUCUCUCCAGCGACAACAAAAUGUCUCUAUCUGAAGAAGCCAAACCGAACGAUUUUGAGAGGACCAAAAUUGGGAUCUGCAAGCUCAGCAGCACCCCAGUCCAAGCCAACUCCACCACCCGAAAGGAUUCUGUAGAAACCUUUCCGCUAAAAAACAUCCCCAGUGCAGGAAACCAAGGGCAAGCCAAUCUUCUUCACUGCAAAAUCCCCUCUUUGCAAAGCACAGACGGUGAAGCUAAUCAAAGUCUUGGUAAGAGCACACUGGAGCAAAACAAUGCCAACAGCGGUUGGGUGACCAUGAGCCAGAGCACCGUGGUUUUGGGCACAGAUGGGAACACUUCUGUUCUGCCUGGCAGUGUUAACGGGGAUGACGAUAAAGGGGAUGAAAAUAAAGCCCGAGGGAACUGGUCUAGCAAGAUGGACUUCAUCCUCUCCAUGGUGGGUUAUGCAGUGGGGCUGGGCAAUGUCUGGAGGUUCCCGUACCUGGCCUUUAAGAAUGGGGGAGGUGCAUUUCUUAUCCCCUACUUGAUGAUGCUGGCUCUAGCUGGAAUACCCAUUUUCUUCCUGGAAGUUUCACUGGGGCAGUUUGCUAGUCAGGGACCUGUGUCUGUCUGGAAAGCUAUCCCGGCCUUACAAGGCUGUGGCAUUGCUAUGCUGAUCAUCUCUGUUCUAAUAGCCAUAUACUAUAAUAUUAUUAUGUGCUACACACUUUUCUACCUUUUUGCAUCCUUUGUACGUGUAUUACCCUGGGCUUCCUGCACCAAUCCUUGGAAUACCCCAGACUGCAAAGAUAAAAACAAACUUUUAUUAGAUUCAUGCAUCAUUGAUGACCACCCAAAUAUACAGAUCAAGAACUCUACUUUCUGUAUGAGUGCCUAUCCAAACUUGACUAUGGUUAACUUCACCAGCCAAGGAAACAAGACUUUUGUCAGUGGAAGUGAAGAGUACUUCAAGUACUUUGUAUUGAAGAUUUCUGCAGGGAUUGAAUAUCCUGGUGAAAUCAGGUGGCCCUUGGCACUUGCUCUCUUUCUGGCUUGGGCGAUUGUGUACGCAUCCUUGGCUAAAGGAAUCAAGACAUCGGGAAAAGUCGUGUAUUUUACUGCUACAUUCCCUUAUGUAGUGCUCAUCAUCCUGCUUAUCAGAGGAGUAACCUUGCCAGGAGCUGGGGCUGGAAUCUGGUACUUCAUCACGCCUAAGUGGGAGAAACUAAUUGAUGCUAUGGUGUGGAAAGACGCUGCCACUCAGAUUUUCUUCUCAUUAUCUGCUGCGUGGGGAGGUCUAAUUACUCUCUCUUCAUAUAACAAAUUCCAUAAUAAUUGCUACAGGGACACAUUGAUAGUCACAUGCACCAACAGCGCCACAAGUAUAUUUGCAGGCUUUGUCAUCUUUUCAGUUAUUGGCUUCAUGGCAAAUGAACUCAAAGUAGAUAUUGAAGAUGUGGCAGACCAAGGUCCUGGCAUUGCCUUUGUGGUUUAUCCUGAAGCCUUAACCAGGCUUCCUCUCUCUCCAUUCUGGGCUAUAAUAUUCUUUUUGAUGCUUCUAACUCUUGGAUUGGACACUAUGUUUGCCACUAUUGAGACGAUUGUGACCUCCGUUUCAGAUGAGUUUCCCAAGUACUUGCGUACCCACAAACCACUGUUCACUCUUGUUUGCUGCAUUUCCUUUUUCAUCAUGGGAUUUCCUAUGAUCACUCAGGGUGGACUGUACAUGUUACAGCUUGUGGACACUUACGCAGCUUCUUACUCUCUUGUCAUCAUUGCCAUCUUUGAGCUUGUUGGGAUUUCAUAUAUAUAUGGCUUGCAAAGAUUUUGUGAAGAUAUAGAGAUGAUGAUUGGAUUCCAGCCAAGUAAAUUCUGGAGAGUCUGUUGGGCGUUUGUGACCCCGACUAUUUUAACUUUUAUUCUUUGCUUCAGUUUUUACCAAUGGGAACCAAUGACCUAUGGAGCUUACCAUUAUCCAGGCUGGUCGAUGGUCCUUGGGUGGCUGAUGCUGGCCUGCUCUGUUAUUUGGAUCCCUAUUAUGUUUGUGAUAAAAAUGCACCUAGCCCCUGGCAAAUUUAUUGAGAGGCUCAAGCUGGUCUGCUCUCCACAGCCUGACUGGGGCCCGUUUUUGGCUAAACACCGCGGUGAACAUUACAAGAAUAUGAUUGAUCCACUGGGAACUUCCUCCCUUGGACUUAAACUGCCAGUGAAAGAUUUAGAAUUGGGAACCCAAUGCUAG